CCCAAGGGCGGAGCUUCGGCGUAUCAUGGCGGUUAGCAGGGCUGAGGCUCCAACCUCCGAACAAGCCUGGCUUCAGCUUGCCCAGACCUUCAUCCAAGAGACCCUGUGUCCAACUGACAAGGAGCCUAAUGUCCAACUGACUCAGUUGGUAAUUGAUUGUGUGAAGGCUACCUGGUUAUCCCAGGGAAGGAACCAGGGUUUUACACUGCCCCUCAGCUACAGCUUUGUCUCAGUACAGGACCUCAGAACCCACCAGCAUCUCCCUUGCUGUAGCCAUCUGUCCUGGAGCAGCAGUGCAUACCGUGCUUGGGCCCAAGAGGUUGGACCAAAUGGGACCCCCUUGCCUCGGGAGCGGCUGUUACUCUUAGGGACACUAACAGACCUGUCAGAAGACUCAGAAAAAGAGUGCAGGAAUGGAAGCCUCUAUGUGAGAGAUAACACAGGAAUCCUGGGCUGUGAGCUCAUAGAUCUGGACCUUUCUUGGUUGGGCCAUCUCUUUCUGUUUCCCAGUUGGAGUUACCUCCCUCCUGCCAGAUGGAAUUCUUCAGGGUUAGGGCACGUGGAGCUCUGGGGUGCCCCUGUGCCAGUGUUUCCUUUGACCAUCAGUCCUGGUCCCCUCAUACCUAUUCCUGUCCUCUAUCCAGAGAGUGCUUCCCGCCUGCUCACACUCAGGAAGCUGAGAGGUAUGCAGCGAAAUCUGGCUGGAAAGUUGGUUCGAUUGAGUGCUCUGGUAAAAAGCAAGAAGAAAGCUUACUUCAUUCUGUGUCUUGGUGAAUUAUCCCCAGUUGCCAGCCAGGCUGCCAACCAUGUGUCCAUCAUUGUGCAGGUCCCCGCCCAGCUGGUGUGGCACCGAGCCCUUUGGCCCGGUAGGGCCUAUGUGCUGACAGAACUGCGAAUAUCCAAGACCCGUGAUCACUGUUCCUGUGUUUGGAUGACCAGUCCCGCCUCUCGUCUGUUGCUACUGAAACCAGAAUGUGUGCAGGAGUUGGAACUGAAGCUGGAAGGACCCCUCUUGGAGGCUGAUCGCCAGCCACUCCCCAUGCCCAGCAACUCCCAGGACAGGAAGGGGCAAACAGGUCUUGUCCGGAACUCCAGACUCUUAUCAUAUUCGGGAAUGGUUACUGGCUUGCUGAAUGAGUCCGCGGGCCUCUACGAGCUGGAUGGGCAGCUUGGGCUCUGCCUUGCCUACCAGCAGUUCCAUGAUCUCAGGCGGGUGAUGCGACCAGGGGUCAUUCUGGAGCUCCAGGAUGUUCACCUCCUCCAGUCAGUGGGUGGAGGGACAAGAAGGCCGGUGCUAGCCCCCUGCUUGCGUGGUGCUGUGCUACUUCAGGGCUACUCUCGUCAGAAACCUGAGACUCAAUCAUCCCACCAAGCCCAUGGGGCCUCCCUAUAUGAGCAGCUGGUGUGGGAACGUCAGUUAGGACUUCCCCUUUACCUGUGGGCUGCCAAGGCCCUGGAGGAGCUGGCCUGCAAGCUGUGUCCCCAUGUGCUAAGACACCGCCAGUUUCUGCAGCAUUCCUCUCCUGGGAAUCCCAGCCUGGGACUGCAACUCCUAGCUCCUACUCUGGAUCUUCUAGCUCCGCCAGGCAGCUCCAUGCGGGAUGUGUACCAUGAGAUCCUUGGAGAGCCACAUCACUGUCCCCUCCGGAAAUAUGCUCGGCUGCAGACCCCCUACUCCUUCCCCACUCUGGCCACCUUGAAAGAGGAAGGGCAGUGCAGGGCCUGGGCCUCCUUUGACCCUAAGGCCCUUCUGCCCCUCCCAGAGGCCUUUUACCUGCUCAGCUGCCAACUUAAUCACCGCCUGGCCUGGUCCUGGCUCUCUCUGCUGCCCUCUGCCUUCCACCCAGCUCAGGUUUUAAUUGGGGUUCUAGUGGCUUCAUCUCGUAAAGGUUGUCUGCAACUUCGAGACAAAAGUGGUUCCUUGCCCUGCCUGCUCCUGGCCAAGCACUCACAACCUGUCACUGACCCACGGCUCAUAGGUUGCCUAGUACGGACAGAGAGGUUUCAAUUGAUUAUAGAGAGGGACGUCAGAAGCAACUUUCCUUCCUGGAAGGAGCUGAGUAUGCCAGGCUUCCUCCAGAAGCAGCAGGCCAGAGUCUACGUCCAGUUCUUUCUGACUGAUGCUCUGAUCCUGUCUGUGCCCAGAUCCUUUCUCCAUUCAGCCACCCUCUCAACACCUCCUCAGACAGAUCCUACCUGCUCAGAGGGACCCUGCAUAGUACAGAGCCGGCUUUUCUUGCUGUCCCACAAAGAGGCCCUCAUGAAGCGGAAUUUCUGUGUCCCCCCAGAAGUCAGUUCAGAGGUGCCCAAGCCCACUCUCAGUUUCCAAGUUUCGGGGAUCUGGCUUAGAGGCACCCAGAGGAAGGAGGGGACUGGAUGGGGGCCACCUGAACCCCAGGGAGAUGAGGACAAGGAUCAGAAGGUUCUCCUCAUCUUCCUUGGCUCUUCAGUCCGCUGGUUUGAGUUCUUACAUCCAGGGCAGAUAUACCGGCUCAUAGCUCCUGGCCCCACUACACCAGUGCUGUUUGAGAAGGAUGGUUCAUCCUGCAUAUCUCAGCGUCCCCUGGAAUUGGCUGGCUGUGUGUCCUGCCUCACUGUCCAAGAUGAGUGGACUCUGGAGCUUGAGUGCUCUCAGGACAUCCCAGACGGGCUGGGUACAAGCAAAGCACUGCCUGAAUCCUCGCUGACUGAACUGCUCAGUGGCAACUUCACCGAUUCCUUGGUGUCUUUCUCAGCUGAGAUUUUGUCACGGACACUGUGUGAACCUCUUCUGGCCCCUCUCUGGAUGAAGUCUGGGAACACUGGAGCCAUGAGAGGGUGUGUGAAGCUAACUGUAGCUCUAGAGCCUGCUGACUGUGAGUUCCCACCUUACCUGGAUGUAUAUAUUGAAGACCCACACUUGCCUGUCUCACUAGGACUCCUUCCAGGAGCCCGGGUCUACUUCGGCCAGCUGGAGAAAAGGGUUUCCAGAUCCCACAAUGUUUACUGUUGUUUCCGGUCAUCCACUUAUGUGCAGGUCCUGAGUUUUCCUCCGGAGACCACAGUUAGUGUUCCCCUGCCCCACAUAUACCUGGCUGAACUUCUGCAGGAUAGCCGUGCCCCAUUUCGGGCAACUGCCUCUUGCCAUAUUGUUUCUGUCUUCAGCCUUCAGCUCUCCUGGGUGUGUGCACAUUGUACCAGCAUCUGCUCCCAGGGACGCUGCACUCGUCAGGGCCCCUCUUGCCCUACACAGACAGCUGUUAGCCAGGCCAGUAUCAGGGUCCUGGUAGAGGAUGGGACUGCUGAAGCUGUGGUGACCUGUAGGAAUCAUCAUGUUGCAGCAGCACUAGGGCUGUGUCCUAAUGAGUGGACCUCCCUCCUAGAGUUUGUCCACGUACCAGGGAGAGUGGCUUUGCAAUUUACAGGGCCUGGAGCCCAGCCUGAGUGCUCAGCCAAGAUUGAUGAGCUGUUGACCCUCUUCCUCCAGACGCUUUGUACCAGCCCCUCUGUCCUCCGCCCUAUUGUGCUUUCUUUUGAGCUUGAGAGGAAACCUUCCAGGAUCGUCCCAUUAGAACCUCCUCGGCUACAGCGAUUCCAGUGUGGAGAGCUCCCUCUCCUGACUCGUGUGAAUCCUAGGCUCCGACUAUCCUGCCUUUCUAUCCAGGAAGUAGAGCACUUCAGCUCUCUGGGGGUCAUUGCUUCCUCCUGCUAACCUGAACUUCAAGGAUGUCCUGAGAGUUCUUCCUGCCUUGCAAGAAACCUUGAGGCCUGAGUCCCAGCUCUUCCUCCUUGUCAUG